ACAAAUAUUGACAGAUCAGUGGUGACCAUAUGACGUCAUACUUGGGUGUCUUGUCUAGACAGUACCAAGAAUUUGUUCACGGUCAUAUUGCGGUUAGUAGCUGAAGUAACCAAAUUUGUGGACCCUAUUUGUGUCGUUGGAGCCAUAAUCUUUAAGUGAUUCUGGAUGAUGAACGAACUGGAGCAUCAGAAAUUUCAGAUUUUGGUGCAGGACAAAGUUUAGAAUCCAUUCCUUCUGCCUACACUAAUGGGUCUAACAGUCCUCUUCACAGCACUGGUUUGGAACCAGACAUGUCACCAGACGAACAGGAAGAGAAAGCUCGUCUUAUCUCACAGGUUCUUGAACUACAGAAUACUCUUGAUGAUCUUUCACAACGAGUUGACAGUGUCAAGGAAGAAAAUCUUAAGCUACGAUCAGAGAACCAGGUUUUGGGACAGUAUAUCGAGAAUUUGAUGUCUGCAUCAUCAGUUUUUCAAUCUACCUCUCCUAAAACUAAGAAGAAGAAUGAAAUUAUGAAGAUAUUGCACCGUUACUCAUAAUCAGAAGUAUAUUUAGUCUGGAAAUGUGAGACACUAAUAUUGCCAGAAUGUUAUAGUUUAGCUGAGCUGUUGGCCACAUAACUUCUUUCUGCUCUAGUUUGGUCUGAGCGUUUGCUUUAGCUUCAAGUGUCAACAGUUUCACCACUCCAGAGCUGAACCACAAGCAAAUAUACGGUUUACAUCUUAAUUCUGCUUCUGCAUAUAGAUUGUUAGUAUAAUUGAGUGGAACCAGUUGUCUUUUAAUAUGAUUUCAUAUGCUGUGGUGUCAUAGAAAAGGCACUGGUUUUUCAAUUGUCACACAACAUGCUUAAUGAAAUGAUAACUAGCUUUAAAAUUGUAGUGCUGUAUGUUUCUUUAUUAGAAAAAGAUUUUUUAUUGCAUUACACAUAUCAGACCUUUUUGCUGAUUGUAUUGUUGGAUUUUAUGUAAAUGCAAUCAAAGGGAGUUUUCCUUUGUAUGAAGGAUUUCCUCCUGGUUUACUGAACCAAGUCAAUGAAUAUGCAGGAUUCCCUCUCAUUAAAUAAGAUUAAUUUCUUCCAUCAUAAUAAACUGAAAUAUGUACAUUAAGAGUUUGUGUGGUCUGGAAAUUUUGUCUAAUCACUACCAUUUUUUGGUAAUUAGUCAUUCACAUUUAUUUAAAAAAAAAUUAUACUGUAAUACUGGCAUACACAUUUUUAUGAAAGAAGGUAAAACUGGCAUUCUUUCAAUUUAUUUCUUGUAUGUAGUGACUUUAGCAUAUUUGCUCCUGUUACAAUUGUUGUUUGCAAGAUAUAUUUUGUGUGAUAUAACUGUAGUUGAUGUGAAUCAUAUUAAACUUAUGAUCUGUGUACAGCUUGAGUAGAGGAAAAAUUAGUGUGGGAAAAUGUUCUACUGAUAAUCCCUAACUUAACUUUCCAUAAUCUGUCUUGCUAACUACCAAAAUGAAGGCAAAACAUGACAAGUAAAACUGGAGGAAUGUAAGUAACAUUGAGAAAUAUGAGGGAGAGUGAACUAUAAUUGUCUUUUUAAUCAUUCAUCUUUGAGAUAUCUGUUAGCAGUGAGCUCAGAGUUUGCACUUUGAGUAAGCAGGUGAUCUGGUGAUUCCACAUUUCAGUAAUAUUUCAUAUUUUGAGGCUCUAUGUAUUGUAGGUUUCUCAUUUUGCUAAGACUGGUUUAAUAUGGAAACUUUUCCAAACAGUUAUGACAAAAGAUUAACUUUUCCAUCUGCUUGGAUUAAUGUUAGAUAAAGCUCAUAUUUGCAAUAUUUUCAGACUGUGUUGUUGUCGGACCCCCAAAAUUUAAUUGUUCUCUCUUUAUUUUACAAAGAUUGCUAGUGUAUUCUCAUAUUUAUAAAGAUAUAGUGUCAGUUAGUGGAAAAUAGAUGAAACCUGUGUACAGUAUUAAGUUUUGUUGAAAUAAGCAAAACGUGAGAUACAUUUCCUGUAGCAUUUUAUUUUCAGUUCAUACUUCUUUCCUUUGAACAAAAUCCCCCAAGCAAAUAACACACUAAAUCUUAUUAAGAAGUGGCCCUCGCCAUACUGUUUGUUUAGGUGUAAUGCAAAAUAUUUUUUAAAUGGACUACUGCCACGAGAACUCAAAGGCACCAGACUAGGAAGUGCAUUGUUACCAAAUUUUGCCUCAAUGGUCGCAUUUUAGAUAGUUUUUGUGAGGUUUUUAUUUUGUUUGUGAUAUUUUUGCAAGGAAUCUCGAUCAUGAUUUUGCAAUUGAUAGGGAUUUGGUAACAGUAAUGUUUGCACAAAUAUGUUUAUAGUUAAUGGAUGGACAAUUUAUCUGAAAUUCUAUUAAUUAAUUUCUAUCCGUAUCUUUUCCCAUGUGUAUAGUGCUUUAUUUAAGGUAAUGACUUCCUGUAUAGUUACUCUUGAUAUUUUAUAUAUUCAAUAUGACGUUUGUAUAGUUUAGCAAGUUAAGUUGAUACAAAGUUUCAUCAAAGAAACCUGUUAAUGGAAACAAAAUACAUCUUUAUAAAUGGUGUUUAGUCAUCAUUAUUUUAUUUCCUUAUAUACUUUAGUCAUCAUAACUUUAUUUCCUUUUAUUCUUAAGUCAUCAUUACUUACUGCAUUUCCUUUUCUACUUGGGCCUUUUUUACGUAUUCAUUCAAGUACAUUAUUUUUUUAAACAUUUUAAAUAGUCCUUUCUUCUCUCUGCUGCAGUCUUUACACUAGUAGCAACAAGUGUUAUUCCAUGUUGUGCAUCAUAUAUUGAGUAAAUCUAAAACUACUGUACCUGGGUGUCAUGAAAUACUGAUUACUUGAGCUUUCCAAAGUCAGAAUCAGAAGUGGAACAUCAGAUUUUUAAAUUAUCACCUUGACCAAAAUAAUUUAAACUUAUUCUUGGAAGUAACUUAAGACUAAUGUAUUGUCUUACUGUGUCCACGGGAGUUAACAUCAGUGAGGGUGUUUCAUAAAAUAUAUUAAUUAUAUUUUGAAGAGACUGUAUUUUAAGUGUAGCAUUUUUCAGAAUAAAAGAAACUGUGAAGCCCAUUACAGUAUACCAAAGCAUUAAUAUGUUGUGUAAAUUUGCAUGUACUAUUAAACGUUUGAUGAUGUUAUCAUAUGGCUGUAUCUGUUGAAUAAUAAUGCACAUAUAUUGAUGUUAUUUCAUCUAGUGCAAGGCCUACUUUGUUCUUUUUUGUACUGUAUUUAAUUAGGACUUCUCUAUUCAAGAAUUGAGAGUCUAUUGUAAAUUGAGAAUAAAUAAAAUGUGACAUACAACA